GGGAGUAGCUUUGCGUCGUAUUAUGCAAGAUGCUGACUCCUGCAGUGGGUUGCAUCGUCGUCACUGUGCCUCGCCUAGGACUGGAACCAGACCUGGCCCCUGUGUAUCCCCGACGAGAGUGGAACCAAUGAUGCCACCAGCCUACAAAGAUAUGACUACCAACACCAGCCCCUCACACCCAUACUGGCCUCGGCAUCUGAGGUUGGACAACUUUAUAGCUAAUGACUGCCCGACCUGGCAUCUCCUGGCUGGCCUCUUCUCUGUCUCAGGGGUCUUAGUCGUGACCACAUGGCUGUUGUCAAGUCGUGCUGCAGUCAUCCCACUGGGAACUUGGCGGCGACUGUCUCUGUGCUGGUUUGCAGUGUGUGGGUUCAUUCACUUGGUGAUUGAGGGCUGGUUCAGCCUCUACCACCAGGACCUUCUUGGAGACCAAGCCUUUUUGUCCCAACUCUGGAAAGAGUAUGCCAAGGGAGACAGCCGAUACAUCCUGAAUGACAACUUUACAGUAUGCAUGGAGACCAUCACAGCUUGCCUGUGGGGACCACUCAGCCUGUGGGUGGUGAUUGCCUUCCUCCGCCAUCAGCCCUUCCGCUUUGUCCUACAGCUUGUGGUCUCUGUGGGUCAGAUCUAUGGGGAUGUGCUCUAUUUCCUGACAGAGCAACGUGACGGAUUCCAGCAUGGGGAGCUGGGCCACCCACUUUACUUCUGGUUUUACUUUGUCUUCAUGAAUGGCCUGUGGCUGGUGCUGCCCGGAAUCCUUGUGCUCGAUUCUGUGAAGCAGCUCACUCAUGCCCAGAGCGUGCAGGAUGCCAAUGCCACAAAAACCAAGAAAAGGCAGAAUUAAUAGGUGAUGGAAUGAGUUUGAAGACUGGUGGAUGAGGAACUCUGCACAUGCCAGAAAAGUCUAAUCCUUGCCCCCACAGGUUGGAGGGACAAAGAAAAUUGAUUUGUCCAACCCUGGGCUGAUGGGUGGACACCAAAAGGGCCAGAGGGGUAAGAAAGGAGCUGUGUGAAGCUACUCCCAGAAGCUGUUGGAACAAAGGUAUAAGAGUCCUAGGAGGUCCAUGAUGGUGGCAGUUUUAAAAAUCAGGAAAUAAAAGAUACUGACCCUAA